CAUAAUAAAACGUUCUGUAUGUUCAUGCAGCUAAAGCACGAAGCGAUACGGCAGAGGUAAAUUGAACAAACUAUUAGUAAUUGCCUUAGUCCUGCUUGUUGGGUUGGUUCGAUUUUGUUCGCAUUUGGUAAUCAGCGUCAAUGAUAUGGAAGCCGCCGAAUAUCAACCAUUGACUGGUAAUGCACUUACCACAGCUAAUUAUCAGGAAUACUUUUUGCAAGGAAGUAUUUUGGAGGCUGAAUGCAGCAAGCUUCUUGAUCGAUUGCAAGGUUUAUGUGAUAACGUUCCAAGAGAGCAAUUCACAGAUCAUGAGAGAACAUUCGUGAUCAAAAAUCCCAAUUCAUCAGCUGUGAUGGUGAAAGCAUGCAAGGCAUUUCAAAAAGCAGAUGUCCCUUGGCAAAUGAAAUACAUUGGCACAACAGAAGCAGGUGACAGAAGUAAAAGUUCAUUGAUAAGAAGUUGUGUGACUGUUGCUGUAUCGAAAGAUCCAACACAGUUUUUAGAAGAAUUGGGAUUCAAGUUACAGCAUGAAAUUGUUGCCAAGGGAUAUUUUUUUCGCAAAGGCAGGAUCAAGAUAACAGUUUCCAAGCUUCAUAGAUUAUCAUCCGCUCAAGAACCAAGUAAACUGGACGUUAUUUCUCAAUCUCAUCUUGUCGAAGUUUGUGUUCUUGCUCCAGUUGGUCAAGAACGAGCAGGCGAGGAAGUUCGACAAUUUUGUGAACAUUUAAAACCACUUAUAGUAUUUGAUGUUGACCACAGGAAGAUUCAUCAAAUGGCCACAAGUUGAAUUCAAAUAUCCAAAUGCAAAUGCAAAUAAUGCUAUACAUGGGCAAACUAUGACCCGCGUGCCAAAUCCGGCCCGUUGAGUAAUUCAAUCUGGCCCGCCUGAUGCUGCCACAACCAAACUAAAACCAAAUUUUGAUGUUUUAGCCCAAGGAAUUUGUUGCGAUUUGGAUUGAAUUUAGUUUUGGCACCGAGCUCAUUGUUUUCCACUUUUGCUUUUGUAACACUCGAAAUAUUGUUUAUAAAAUGUAACUUUCAUGUCACACAUAUAUGGCCCGCCAGAACAAAACUAAAAUCAAAUUUUGAUGUUUUAGCUAAAUAUAGCCCAAGGAAUUUGUUGAGUUUGGAAUUAAAUUUAGUUUUGGCACGGAGCUCAUUGUUUUCCACUUUUGCUUUUGUAACACUCUAAAUAUUGUUUAUAAAAUGUAACUUUUACGUCACACAUAUAUGGCCCCGCCAGUCUAAGUAGGAAACAUUUUUGGCCCUUGGUCCAAAAAAUAGGCUCACCCCUGGGCUAUAGGUUCAGGCUUACCAAACGCCAAACGUCCGGUUUUGACAAACUUCACUGGCGUCAAGUCAGGUGCACUUAAAUGUCCCAGUCAUGGGUCAUGCAGUGAAUUGUGUAACUCUCUUCACUAGUUCAGUGAUAGUGAGAAAACAGCUAUAUUGUGAGUCAUGAAUGUAUGUUUAAUAUGUCAAUUUAACAUCCACAUUAGCCGUACUGCCAUUGAAUUAUUCCUAAUGAUGAUAAGAACGUGCACUUUUUUCAAUGAUUUGAAUAUUACUAAGCGUCGAAUCGAACCUAAGGUUUGUCCAAUUCGCACUGUCCCGUUUUUUUUGUUUCAUAAAUAUGGUAAGCCUAUAUCAGAUAUAGGGUUACCAUUUUUUUUUGACUCCAAAUACACGACCCCUUGGCUGUGAUCCUUUAACUUUACAUUUUCCGAUUUUACUACAUAGGCCUACAUUUAAAGUCUGCAUUGACCAUAUUGUCAUUGAAAGUGCAUGCGCAUAUUAUCUGUCUAAAUAUCGGGUUCAAAAGAAUUUACUUAUUCGCCCAAGCAUGCUUUUCUGUAGAUAACACCUUCAAAAAGAUCAGGACGACAAGUAUGGAAUCCAGCUCAAUUGCCUUCAUACCCAGACUAUGCCGACGGAAGUUUAUGGAUCAAUUCUCUUUGCCAUAGAGGUCACCACUUUAUGUACCACAUUAGGAGGUAGACUUCCCUUCAUCACAUCUGCUAUGUUAGAGAUGGUAUUAUCGAAUUUUGUUGAGUGGGCGUUUUAAUAGAAGUGAUAUCUAGGGGCCGAAUUGAAAGUCCAGGGUAUAGAAAUUUGAUUUUUGUGAAUCAGAAAUUACUCAUUUUUUCUUUUUCCGUACUAACUUAACUUCCGAGGAAGUUGAGAAAGAUGAAGUGGUUUCGUCACGGUA